AUGGACUUGAAUGAAGAUUGGUCGCCAAGUGAUGAUGAAAUACAUGGAGGUGAAAACGAUGUCAAUAUUAGGGGACAUUCUUUUGAUUUAAAUCAGCUGCCAGUUGAAGAAGCAGGGGCAAAUGUCCAUAAUGCUUCAGGAAAUCAACAUAUCAAUGAUUCAGCGACCAAUCAAGAAGAACAAAGAACAAAUGCUCAGGCAACAAACCAAGGACCAACUCAUCACAGGCAUCAACAAGUCAGGCUCAACAGUGAAGACAAAUUUAAUGUCCUCAUUUUCCUGUUAAAAUAUCAUGAGGGAGAUUAUAUUAAAAGAGGGGCAAUAAAAGCAGCCAUGGAACAUUUCAACCUCAAACGAAAAUGUGUCAGCUCAGUUUGGAAUGAAGCAAAGAAACAGAAACAAGCACUGGGAAAAUACAAACCAUGCACAAAUUAUCACUUGGCUGGAAGGAAAAGAAUCACUGUUCCAGUAGGGGACAUUACAAAACUUGGGAUUGGUGAAAGGUCAUGCAUUAGAGAUGUAGCAACAAAUCUCAAUAUCUCAAAAUCAACAGUUGGCAGAAUGAUCAAGAGGGGAGAUAUAAAAGCACAUACAAAUGCAAUUAAGCCCCCACUGACUGAGGCUAACAAGUUGGCUAGACUGAAGUGGAUACUUGGUCUCAUAAUGGGUUCAUCACCAUGGAAAAUGUCAAGAUACUUCCCAAUGUAUGACUUUGUUCAUAUUGAUGAAAAAUGGUUCAAACUAACCAAAAAAAGUCACAGGUACUACAUUGCCAAGAAUGAAAAGGGUGUACACAGAACAGGGUCAGCAAACAGUCAUGGGCCAAAAUUCAAGUUCACAGCAGCAUGUGCAAAACCAAGGUACAAUGAUCAGGGGGAAUGUUAUUUUGAUGGGAGGAUUGGAAUCUUCCCAUUCACAACACAAGAGGCAGCCAAAAGAAAGUCAAAAAAUAGGGAAAAGGGGACAUUGAUAAGCAAGCCCAUUGCAAAAGUCACUAAAGAAGUCACAAGAAGAAUGCUCAUAGAUCAAAUAGUCCCAGCAAUUAAGGCAAAAUGGCCAAAUGAUGGCACCUCAAGGACAAUAUACAUUCAACAAGAUAAUGCUAGGGCACACAUAACUCAAGAUGACCCUGAGUGGCAAGAAGUACAUAUGCAGGAUGGCUUCUCAUUCAUUUUGGUUCAACAACCUCCAAAUAGUCCUGAUUUAAACAUACUUGAUUUGGGUUUUUUUAAGAGCAUUCAAUCACUUCAAGAAAAAAAAUGGCCUCAGAUGUUGAUGACUUACUUAAGCAUGUAA